AUGGAGAUGGAAGGUGAUGAGGGCAUGAUGGAGACGGAGGAGGAGUGGGGCACCGCGCCCGUGGCCUCGUCUUCAGGCCCGGCUGGCAACGGCGAGAAAAAAUCGGAGGAAUGGGGUGCAUUCGAAUCGAUACUGGACGAGAAGAGCUCUGCGAAUGCGCAACAGCAGCAACAGAUGGUGGAAGAGGUUGUGACCUGCCUGCCCUACCUUGUGCGAGUGGCACUCGCCAAUCCUGCCCACUCCAUUCUCUUCCAGAAACUCCACGCUCUGCCGCAGUUGAACAGCGUGCUAGCGUACUUGGCACUGGAUAUCGACGCAGUGGAGGACCCGCUGGAGGCCGAACUACAGCGCAAGAGGAAGACCGGCUCGACGAACCCUGCGGAGGGCAGCCUCGUCUUCCAAUACGGCGAGGGACUCGUCUCAGAGUUUGAGACCGGCAGCGAAGAAGUCAAGAUGAGGCUCUUCUUGAGCGAGCUCCACAACGUGAUGGACCACGUGCGGCUUGCGAACGCGUCCAAGUCCAGAGGCGCCACCAGGAGCUUUCCCGCCUACCACUCGGAGAUCUUCGGCGACGAACUCUACCUCGAAGAGCUGGGCUUCAUCCUGCCCAUCGCCAUGCUGCGCUUGCGGCGGGCACCGUUGAGCUUGGAGGCCGUGAUCGAAGCUCUUCUGUGCGUCGAUCUCGGAGGCCGACUGCUCCGCAUCCUCUUUUUCAACAUGCCGGCGCUUCGAGAUGAGAUCCUGCUCACGUUGAUCAAAUGCGCAGCAGCUGCCCCACAUCUAGUCACCGAGGUGCUGCUGGAUCUGUGUUCGCUGUCGGCCACGAUCGCAUUGUUUGUGCGGACGUGGGUCAUGCAACAACAUCAAUUGCCUGGCUUGGCCCUGAAGCUCACCAUCACCCACAUCAAGGACGAGGUAUGA